UGGCAGAUCAGCUGACUCUGAUGCUGCUGUCAGGAGACCUCACGAACUGUAUUCAAUGGCUACAAUGAAAAGUGUCAGGCCGUAGGAACGCUAGAAACAGCUAUAUUUCCACUUCUAAGGGCCACAGUUUUGAACACUCAGUUUUCUCUAGCACCACGUUUACUGUAACCAUGACAGAGUUUUGGUUGAUUUCUGCUCCGGGAGAGAAGACCUGCCAGCAAACAUGGGACAAAAUGAUGGCAGCAACCACACGUACCAACAACCUCUCCACCAAUCACAAGUUCAACAUCCCAGACCUCAAGGUGGGGACACUGGAUGUCUUGGUCGGGCUUUCAGAUGAACUGGCCAAAUUAGACUCCUUUGUUGAGAGUGUGGUGAAGAAGGUGGCUCAGUACAUGGCCGACGUGCUGGAAGACAGUCGAGACAAAGUGCAGGAGAACCUGUUGGCCAACGGAGUUGAUCUUGUCACCUACAUCACAAGAUUUCAAUGGGACAUGGCAAAAUACCCCAUCAAACAGUCCCUGAAAAACAUCUCUGAAAUCAUCUCAAAGCAAGUAACCCAGAUUGACAAUGAUUUGAAGACCAGAGCAUCAGCUUAUAACAACCUGAAGGGAAACCUGCAGAACUUAGAGAGGAAGAAUGCGGGGAGUCUGCUGACCAGGAGCCUGGCUGACAUCGUCAAAAAGGACGACUUUGUGCUUGACUCGGAGUAUCUUAUUACUCUGCUGGCUGUGGUACCAAAGACGUCAUACACUGACUGGCAGAAAGCAUAUGAAACACUUGCUGAGAUGGUGGUGCCACGAUCCACCAAUCUGCUUUUUGAGGACAAUGAUAGCGGACUGUUCAGUGUCACUCUGUUCAGGAAAGCCGUUGAUGACUUCAAACACAAAGCCAGAGAGAACAAGUUCACAGUGAGAGACUUCCAGUAUAAUGAGGAGGAGAUGAAGGCAGACAAAGAGGAGAUGACACGGCUCUCUACUGAUAAGAAGAAGCAGUUUGGCCCGCUCGUUCGAUGGCUCAAAGUGAACUUCAGUGAAGCCUUCAUCGCGUGGAUCCACAUCAAAGCUCUUAGGGUCUUUGUGGAAUCUGUCUUAAGAUAUGGGCUGCCGGUGAACUUUCAGUCCAUGCUGCUGCAGCCGACCAAGAAGAACAUGAAGAAGCUGAGGGAGGUGCUCAAUGAUCUGUAUAAACAUCUGGACAGCAGUGCAGCCUCUAUCAUUGAUUCGGCGAUGGACAUUCCAGGCUUGAAUCUGAGCCAGCAGGAGUAUUAUCCCUAUGUCUACUACAAGAUCGACUGCAAUCUGUUAGACUUCAAAGUUUAACACGUUCCUUCAUUUUGUGUUCAUGUGUUGAUUAAUUUAUGCUCUUCCUGGUACCCCUCUUCCUUCCCCCCACACUCUUCCUGUCCCCUGCUUUCUGUCCCCUCACUGUCGCCUCUCCACUUCAGCUGCCUGAAUGUCAAUGCUGCAUGUUCAUUCCUUGUGGUGGAAAAAAAAGCUCAUCAACAAGCUUCUACCACUUUUACAACCAAGGGACAGAAAAAAAAACAACUUUUUAAAUAUUGUUUUUUGUUUACAGUUUAUUUCGUUCACAAGCCACACAGAUAAUGAAUUUUGUUUUUGAUGUGAAAUUAAUAAAGAAAAAUCAUACUGGUGAGUUGUAUAUUUACUGUAUCAUGUGCCGGUGCAUAUUGAUUGAUUCAUAGCUACAUCUUCUGUGUCGAUGUUCAGAGAUUUGUGUUUACGUACUGGCGAUUUCAUCACUGCACCCAUGGCAACCAGAUCUGAUGUGUGUUUCUGAGAUUGUGGGUCACCUUUGCAGACAUUGUGUAACAAAAAAAUGAAAUAUGAGUGUGUGUUGUCGUCUCGUGUACAUUUGCUGUCAAAACAGAGAUCUAUAUCUGAGUAUUGUGUAAGCCAUUGAUUGAAUAAAUAUGAUUGAUGAAU